AUGGGAACUAAGAAGCAUGAGCCCGGCAACAGUGAAACAAAUUUGCCCAGUACAAACUUCAGCGAACCCAAACCGAAGCGACACAAGAAUAUCAAGGCAAAGAAAGUCAUAAAAUCUCCCACUGAGCGCGUACCGCAUUCCGAGAACCGGCGUGCGCCACAAGGUCAAGGCAUUCAACAACUUGUGGAUCACCUCCGGGACAAACACUUUCAGGGCCAAAUGCGUGAGAAAGGGGGACGCAAUGGAAAGAAGGACAGUACGACCGAGACUCCAACAAGACGUUCGCAUCGGAAGAAAGCUGGUCGACUGGAAGCUGGACCCACUACUCCUCUGGUAAAGAGUGUAAACAAAUACGGCUUUGAGGUAUGGGUCCCGGCUACAGGAUCGAACAGCCUUACGGCGAGUCAGAAUGCGAAAGAGGAGAGCGCAGAACCUCUCUCUCUUCAAGAAGACGACAUCUCCGAUGAUGUUUCAGUCGAACACACCCCCGAUACCGCGGUAGCUGAUCCGGACAAAGAGAUUACCAGAGACGCAAUUUCUCAAGAGCAUACCGGCGCCGAUAAAAAGCACGUAGCGGUCAGUGAUAUCGUUAGGAGCGGCGGAGAAAAGGAUCUGGUGGCGAUGGAGGACGUUGUCGACACCGACUUCAUUCUAGAACGCCUCAAGACUUAUAAUAGAUGCCAGUCGACCGAAAUGGACACGGAUGGGCACGAUGCUGGUGACCGGGGUAAACAGCCAGUAUCCGACCAAGACGUUCAAAUGAUGGAUGUCGAUGACUCGCAAGCUAGUGUCACUGCUUCUGGCUCUGGUCGUGAUGACGCCAGUCUCCAAGUCAAUCACCAUGCCCCGCCAGGCCCAAUACCAGAGGACGAAGUGGUCGCUACUGAGAUUGCCAGCCCACCGAAAAUUGACCCCAGCCAUGGAAGAGCGACACCUGGCCCCUUGUACUGGCGUGCAGCCGACAAACGAACGGAAACUGGCGUACACUUCUUCAACAUGCCUUUCGAGGACUUGCGUGAGAUGACACGACUUCAGGCUCUUGAACGAGCGCGUCCGCAGUCAUCCGAUGAACUUCGUGCUCUGCUGGUCUCCGCGACUACCAGUAGUGAAUCCAGUCCCGAAGAGUACGCCCUCGCUGAUGCCAGAGUCAAGCUCCAAGCAUGUCGCAAUGCGUUGUAUGGCGUUCGAUUAAGGGAGCGCAUGGCUACGAUUCGGAUGGCAGCCGCUCGCGCGACGCAACAGCCGCGUGAUAGUGUUGCACAGCUUGAGGUCAUCACCGAAGAGGCACGGAAGGAGCUUCUUGCUGCUCAAGAUGCGUUUGAUGAAGACUUUCGCAAUGUUGCUGUCGCCAAACAAGCCCUCAAGAAUGUCACGGGUAAGCCCGUGCCAGAUCUCCAAGACCCAGAGACGGAAGCGGAUGCAUUGAGAAGGAAGAAUAUGGUUAAUGAGAUCAACGGGGCUAUUGCAGAGUACGAAGCGCAGGUAAAAGCGCAGCACGGUAUUAGUUGA